CAGGACACCGGCCCUGCACCCCGCAUCCGGUCUCUGCGCCGGGCUCCGGAAGCGCGUUUACAGGAGAUUUUUUUAUCCGCGAAUAAAAACCGAGAAACACCCGAGAAAUCAAAAUAAAAACCCACAAACACCCGAGAAAUCAACCCGGGGGCAGGAUGGCACAGUUUAAUGCACCAGUUAUCCAGGAGAACCUGCUUGGGUGGGGUCCUUGUGCCGUACCAGAGCAGUUUAAAGACAUGCCGUACCAGCCCUUCAGCAAAGGAGACCGCCUGGGCAAGGUCGCGGAUUGGACUGGGGCCACAUACCAGGACAAGAGAUACACCAAUAAGUACUCGUCUCAGUUCGGGGGAGGCAGUCAGUACGCUUACUUCCACGAGGAGGACGAGAGCAGCUUCCAGCUGGUGGACACGGCCAAGACCCAGAAAACUGCCUAUCAGAGGAACCGGCUGAGGUUCGCCCAGAGAAACCUGCGUAGAGACAAGGAUCGCAGGAACAUGACACAGUUCAACAUGCAGACUCUGCCUAAGAGUGCCAAGCAGAAGGAGAGGGACCGCAUGCGUCUGCAGAAGAAGUUUCAGAAGCAGUUUGGGGUUCGUCAGAAAUGGGACCAGAAAAAUCAGAGAGGUCCCGGUGGUUACUGGAACAGUUUCAAGGCACAGCUGAAGCCCAGGGACUCCUCGGUGGAGGUGCGCAGUGACUGGGAGGUGAAGGAAGAGAUGGACUUCCCUCGACUCAUGAAGAUGAGGUACAUGGAGGUGGACGACCCCAACGACAUAGAGUGCUGCGGGGCCCUGGAAUAUUACGACAAGGCGUUCGACCGCGUCACCACCAGGAACGAGAAGCCUCUGAAGAGCAUCAAGAGGAUCUUCCACACGGUCACCACCACUGACGACCCAGUCAUCCGCAAGCUGGCAAAGACCCAGGGGAACGUGUUCGCCACGGACGCCAUCCUGGCCACUCUGAUGUGCUGCACGCGCUCCGUGAAUUCCUGGGAUGUGAUCGUCCAGAGAGUGGGCAACAAGCUCUUCUUUGACAAGCGCGACAACUCUGACUUCGAUCUGCUGACGGUGAGCGAGACGGCGAACGAGCCCCCUCAGGACGAGGGCAACUCCUUCAACUCCCCUCGGAACCUGGCUAUGGAGGCGACCUACAUCAAUCACAACUUCUCUCAGCAGUGCCUCAAAAUGGGAGGAGAAAAGUACAAGUUCCCAAACUCCAACCCCUUUGUGGAAGAAGACGUGGACAAGAGCGAGGUGGCUUCGGUGGCUUACAGGUACCGGCAGUGGAGGCUGGGGGAGGAUAUCGAUCUGAUUGUUCGUUGUGAACACGAUGGCGUGAUGACGGGAGCCAAUGGAGAAGUGUCCUUCAUCAACAUCAAGACUCUGAACGAGUGGGACUCAAGGCACUGCAACGGCGUGGACUGGCGUCAGAAGCUGGACUCGCAGAGGGGCGCUGUGCUGGCCACCGAGCUGAAGAACAACAGCUACAAGCUGGCUCGCUGGACCUGCUGUGCCAUGCUGGCUGGAUCAGAGUACCUCAAACUGGGCUACGUGUCUCGGUACCACGUGAAGGACUCUGCCCGCCACGUCAUCCUGGGCACCCAGCAGUUCAAGCCCAACGAGUUUGCCAGCCAGAUCAACCUGAGCAUGGAGAACGCCUGGGGCAUCUUGCGCUGCAUCAUCGACACCUGCAUGAAGCUGGAGGAGGGCAAGUACCUCAUCCUGAAGGACCCCAACAAGCAAGUGAUCCGGGUCUACAGCCUACCUGACGGGACGUUCAGCUCGGACGAGGACGAAGACGAGGAGGAGGAAGAGGAGGACGAGGAGGACGACGAUGAGGAAUGCUGAAGGAGUUCUGAGAAGCAGGGAGCAGUGGAUCCAGCUCUCCAGUACCGGGUCAGAACCACGCUCUCCAGGGAUGAACACAGUCACACAAACAAGCAGAGCACCGCUCUCCAAAAAUAAAAUGAAGUGGACUAGA